AUGGCCAGACGCAGGCGCAACAAGUUCCUCGACGACGACGAUCCGGACUCGUCCGACGCCUCAGCAUCAGCAUCCGACGCGGAACACGGCGACCCCUCCUCGUCGGCCGACCCCUUCUCGCGCAAGCGCAAACGCAACUUUACAAAGGACGACGCAAUCUACGGCGUAUUCGCAGACACCGACCAACAAAACGAGGCACAAGGAGGCGCAGGAAGGUCCGUCAGGGCCACAGACCGGCGCGGCAGGAAAAUCGACUAUCGCUCCGGCCAGGCUUUCGUCAAGAGCACCGGCGCCCCCUUGCAACCCAGCACAGCCAGCCAGUCCCACUCUUCCAGCGACGACGACGACGACGACGACGACGAUGACCAACAAGACGAUGCACACGGGCACAUACACGACGACGACGACGACGACGAUGACUCCCUCUCCGAGUCGGAGCGCAUCGCUCGCCAGCCCGCACCAGACGACGAGCACCUCGCCGGCCGCCCCCUCUUUGCAGGCAUAGGCUCGCGAGCCGCCCCAACCCAGAUCGACGCCCUCGCAAAGCAAGAGAAGCGAUCCGGACAGUUCCAGCCUGCCUCCUUUGCCUCGUCCCGCCCAGGCAUAGGCUCGAGCCACGCUCACCGCACCCCAUCGUCCACCUCGACCCCCGGACUCGGAUCGAGGGCAGGCAUCGGCAGCGCACCAGCAUCCACCCCAGCCGACCCUCCCACUCCAUCGGCAGCCAGCACGCCACGGGCAGGCAUUGGCGCAUACCCCAGCUUUGUCUCGGCCGCAUCAGCCACCGCCGCCAACACAACUCAGCCACAGCAGCCCGCGCUCUCCACCAAUGACGGCGCAAAGCAGGCUUACCCCACCUUUGCCCCUUCCACCAUGGCCGACGCCGGGGUGCCCACCGACUUUGCCUCGGCACGCCCCUCACCCCCUGUACCGCCCUCCAAGGCGUUCCAGAAAAAGGACAAGCCUUCGUUCCUCCCCUCAUCCAGCGGCCGCACCACCCCAGCCACCACCAUCAAGUUUGGCGCGGGCGCUGGCGGCAAGUUUGACCCUUCGGCCUACCUCGCCAAGAUGGGCUGGACCGGCGGUGGUCUGGGCAAGCAGGGCGAGGGCAUCGUCAACCCCAUCGAGGUGCAGCUGCGCCCGGAGAGGGCCGGCAUCGCCUUUGGCGGCCGCAAGGAAAAGACCAAGCAGGCAAAGGAGGAGGCGCGCCGCCGCGGCGAAGCCGUCUCGAGCGACGAAGAGGACCGCAAGGCGCGCAGGCACCACCAGAGGCGCCAGGAGCGCGACAAGAACAAGCGCGACAAGUCGUCGGCGGGCCCGGGACCGGCCGACCAGGCGUGGACAAAGGCGGAAAGGAAGCCGCGCAAGCCAAAGGUCGAGCACCGCACCUACGAGCAGAUCAUCGAAGAGGCCGGCGGCAUCCCCUCGACCGACCCCGCCGUCGGGCAGGUGUUUGACGCAUCGGGCCGCGAGGUGGCGUCGCUCUCGGCCGCGCUGGCCAAUCAGGGCAUCCCGACGGCCGACACGUCCAAGCUGCCGGAGCUGCGCCACAACCUGCGCCUCAUCUGCGACAACAACCUACAGGCGCUCACGGUGCUCGCAAAGGAGGGCGCCAACAUCCACGAGCGGCGCAAGUGGCUCAGGCGCGAGGCCGACGAGUCGACGCGGCGCCGCGACCGCGAACGCCUCGAGGUGCAGCGCCUCUCGUCGAUCCUCGCCAUUGUCCGCGAGCUCGAGGCGCUCGGCGCCCGCCACGUUUCCGAGGGCGACGAUCUCGACGUGUUUUCGCCGUGCAUCCAGCGCCUCGUCAAGGGCUUCGCCGGCGACGUCGAGCGCGAUGGUCUCGACGAGGCCGUCGUCGGCGCCCCGCUCAAACAGCCCGAAUACACUGCCACGCACCUCGUCGGCUGGAGGGUGGCACUGCGCAUCCGCGAUCCGUCCGAGCCCGAGUCGGCGCUGGACCGCUACGGGGCGCCCGUGCAGUCGCGGCCGACGUCGACCAAGGCCACUUCGGCAAGGGCCGGGGCGGCCGGGGCGGCGGCGGCGGCGGUCAUGACGCCGUACGAGUCGCUGCUGUGGAACGUGUGGAUGCCCAGGAUCCGCGGCGCGCUCAACAACGAGUGGAAGCCGGACCGUGCGGCGCCGGCGGUGCAGCUGGUCGAGAGCUGGCGGCCGAUCCUGCCGCGGUUCGUGCUGGACAAUAUCGUCGAGCAGCUGCUGCUGCCCAAGCUCGAGGCGGCGGUGCGCGACUGGGAGCCGCGGCGGUCCAAGGUGGGGCUGGACCACAUCCUGUUUCCGUGGCUGCCGCUGCUGGGUCCGCGGCUGGACGGCGUGCUGGCCGACGCCAAGCGGCGGGUGCGGUCGCACCUCAAGGCGUGGAAGCCGCGCGACGGCGUGCCACGCCACCUGGCGCGGUGGCGCGACGUCUACGACGGGCGCGAGUUUGAGUCGAUGCUGCUGUCGACGGUGGUGCCCAAGCUGUCUGCGUCGGUGCGGCACGAUUUCGUCGUGGACCCGGCGGCGCAGGACAUGUCGGUGCUGGAGCGCGUCGUCGAGUGGCUCGGGGACGGGCUGCUGCGUCCGUCGGUGGUGGCGCGCGUCGUCGAGGUCGAGUUCUUCCCCAAGUGGCUCGACACGCUGCACCUCUGGCUCACGCAGCGCGAUGCUAACCUCGACGAGGUGGCGGCGUGGUACUCGUUCUGGAAGGCUUGGUGGCCCGCCGAGCUGAUGGAGGAGAGGGGGAUGGUGGGUGGAUUCAAGAGGGGGUUGAAGAUGCUCGACGAAGCCGUAUCGCUCCCGGCAUCGGAACGGGGGAGGUUGGCCAAACCGGAUCUGCGUCCGACCCGCGGCACCACCUCCACCGAUGCCGAAGCGACGACCAAACAAACGACGCGCAAGAAGGGGGACGAGGAAGAGGUGACGCUUCGACAGAUCGUCGAGGAAAAAGCGGCCGAGCGCGACCUACUCGUCUUGCCGCUCAACCGGGUGGAUGCGACCAGCGGCGAGCCGAUGCUGCGCAUCAGCCGCACCGUCGAUGGCAAGAGGGGCACGUCGUUUUACAUCCACGACGAUGUCGUCUUUGUCGAGCUGCGGUCCGACGAGGCCGAUGCGGCUGGGUUUAGACCGGUCAGCGUGGACAAGCUCGUCGAGUUGGCCGAUACGCGGUAA